GUUGGGAAGGAGUGCACGAGGCACCGUAACAAGAUGUCAAAGAGAAAAGCAACAAAAGUUUUCAAAAAGAAAUUGGCAGGAUAUCAAGCCAAGCCAGACUCCCAGGGUAAACUGUUUUCAUCUGAGGAGCCUGAUGUCUCAAGUAUUUUGAAAAUUCCUAGAACCGGACAAACAGAGGAAACUGAUGACUUAUUUGAUCAUCCUUUACAUAGCACUGCUCUAUCUGUGUACGAGGAGGAAGAAGAGGCUAAUAAUGGGAACGAUCAAUAUUCAACACUGAAUGAGUCUGCCAGCAAUUUCUCUGAUCCAGAGUCCCCAAAGAAAAAUGCAAAGAAAAGAAAAACUCGCAUUCUGAAAACAGUGAUGAGAACUGAAGAUUCAGAAGAGGAAUCUUCAGUAAAGAACAUGAUACCCAAAAAAAAGACUCAAUCCCAUGUAAAUAAGAAUGUUUUACCAGAAGGGGAGACACAUUGUCCAGUUUCAAAAAAAGUUCCAAAGCAGCCAACCAAAGUUACCAGACAUGUUACCAAGGAAAAAGUUGUUUUGAAGGAGCUUGAAAAGAUAACAACAGAAUUCAAAAAAGAAGUGAAACAGGAGAAGUAUAAAAACGUAAUUGAUAAAUUUCAUACCAGGCUCAAAGAUGAACUCACCGACAUUUCUGCAGAUGCUGAGAAACUGAAAAAUAUAAAAUUGAAACAAACAAAGAUGGUCAGAAAGACAAAUAAGAAAAGAAAACGUUUAAUAGAAAUUAAAGGAGACUUAUUUAGAAAUGAACUAGAACUGAAGAAACUAAAGAAAGAAUACAGCAAACUGCAAGAAAAAAUGUCUUGUCUCAGGAAUGCAGUUCAAUUUAUUAAAGAUUUAAAGAGUCUUCAGCAAAUGAAGGAUGAAAAGGAAAACUCACAAGAAAAACUAGUAUAUGGCAUUUCCAGUCUUCCUGCACUUCUGAUGGAGUCACGAAGAAUUUUAGGAGCAGAAAGUCACUUACAAAAUAUCAACACAAAAUUACAGGAAAGUUUGUAAUUGCUAAAAACUAAGUAUUCAUACUAAAAAUUACAUUCUGUGUUAUCAGAUGUACAAUGUAUUAAAAUAUAAAGUAGAAGUUGAAGUAGGAAAACUAUAAAUAAUUGGAGUUUUUUUUUUUCAGUGAUCUAAACUCCAUAAAUUCCUUUUGGCAUGCUUACUGGUAUAUUUAGAUAUGAUUAACUCAAAAAUAAAAAUCUUUUGUUUGGCAAAGAAGAAAUAAUGAGGCAACAAAACAGAUCAUUGAAUCAUAAAUAUAGAAUUUAAAUAGAUUUACUUUGUGUGAGAACAAGUGAUCUUUAACCUAUUCUUUCAUAAAAGUAGACUUCCCAACAGAGAAAUAAUCUUGCUAUUAUUUAGUUGCAGUAAUGUUUCAUCUGGCAAGGCAUAUGUAGCUGCAUAUUGAGUAAAUAUAUGCUGCUUUCCAAGAAAGAAGAAGAUGGUUGUUGAAAAAUUAAAACUUAAGAGCGUAUGCUUCUAGUUGUCAGCUCUGAAUAUAUUAUAUUACUAUUUAUGUAUUUGCAUUACUAUUAACAUAUUUGGCAAUUCAAUAAAAUCUUUUUCUGAAAUCCUAAAA